AUGAAACAUGUCAAGUCUGAAGAAGGUGAAAUGCUUUCUAAACCUUUCUUAGAAGUCUACAAACAUAUAUUACUUGUUAUCGGUAAGACAAUGAAACAUGUCAAGUCUGAAGAAGGUGAAAUGCUUUCCAAACGUUUCUUAGAAGUCUGCAAACAUAUAUUACUUGUUAUCAACAAUUCCGGAGCAGCUAUGACACUUGUCAAAAUUGAUGUUGGUUGUAACAUAACAGUUGCAAUCAAGCUUGCUCCAGAUAGGAAGAAGUUCAUGGAUGUUGUGGGAGGGAAAGGUGACAUCAAUUCUGAUAUUGAAAAUUUUUGUGCAACUUUCACACCUCUUCUUGAAGAGAACCACAAGUUCUUGUAUGCAGGCUAUAGCGUUGGUCUGGAUGAUAUGAAAGAAAAGUAA